AUGGAUGCAAGAUUCAAUCGCUUUCUUUUAAACUGUUAUAUAAUUAUUUUCAAAAUAUGUGGACUGGCUUCGUGGAAAGUGAACAUUGUUAAAAUUUUUGAUCCUAACAGUAAUAUAAACAAUUCAGUGUAUUCAAAUGCUACCUACAAUUACAAAUAUUUUAUCAAUAUUAUAUUAAUAUUUAUGACAAUAACAUACAUAAUAGUCAUACGGACAUUGAAAUUGUGGACGGUUAAUACUGGACUAAUAGUAUCGAGCAUUGUUGACAAAUGUUUAGUGUUUUUUGGAAGCAUAAAUGUGAUCAUAAUAUGGCUGAUGAAUAUUUCUCGCGAAAGGACGAUUGCUAAUAUCGUCAAUGAAAUAUCAAUUAUUGACAACGUCCUGAAAAAAAUAAAACAUUACGAAGUUAUGAACAAUUAUAGUAUGAACUCUAUGUUAUUAUUCAAGUUCAUAAUUAUUAUUUUGAACUUGUGUUGUUCAUUUUUUAUUAACACGUCGAUUACAACUCCACUGUGGGUAGCUUCAACCACUGUGAAUAGUAUGGUAUUAAUGCAAUAUGCACUCGUUUUGAAUGCCACUUACCAUCGAUUCAAAAGUAUGAAUACAAUGAUUACAAAACUUGGGAACUUAAAUACGGAAAUUGGAGUUAAUACUUUAUUCACAGUAAAACAUCAUCUCGAUGAGUCAAUUACUUCAGAUAUUGUGAACGCUAAUCAUGUCAAUAUGAAACUAUGUGCUGUUUGUAGUGAGCUUGCAGAUUUUUACGCGAUUCCAACAUUAUUAGCGACGAUUAUUUAUGUUGCUUCAGCUAUAUUUUUUCUGCAUUUUCCGUUAACACAAUUAACAUUUACCAAUCAAAUGAAUUUUUCUGUUGCGAGCUAUCUCCAUAGUUUCGGCACUUUGAAAAUUCUAAUUACGUUUGCACUUCUGACGACGUAUGCAACAAAAAUAAAGAGAGAAUUUGAGAAAAUGGGAUACUAUCUUCACUUGCUACUAGAUCAAAAUGCAGUUGAUAGAAAGACUGAAGAAGCGCUCGUAGAAUUUUCAAGAGAACUUUUGCAUCGAAACGUUAAAUUUACUACUUAUGGCAUCAUGUCAAUAGACAAUUCUCUUUUACAAGUGAUACUUGGAAGUAUAGUAACUUACCUCAGUAUUUUAAUUAAAACAAAUUAA